AUGUCUGCCCUGCCCAACGACCAGGACGGCACCCAAGCCGACUCGCGCGUAUUGCUCGCCACCGUCGCUACCAUCACCCUCGCGACCUCCUCCGCCCUCCUCUGGCACUCCAGGCGAUCUGCGACCACCGCUGUUGCCGGCCCGUCAUCGUCCGUCGCGUCCGCGCAAUCCAUGCUCUCCUCCUUCGCCAGCUGGUGCUCGCGAGCAUCCCCGAGCGCGGUGUCUACCUCGGAAGCCGUCACUGAGCAUCCGACUGAGGAUGCGGCCUCGCGGGUCGCCGGGCCGAGCAAGACCGCACGGUCCAAGGACCGGCGGCGACGCAACAAGGAGCUGACAGCGAAGGACAUGCGGAAGGUGAAGGACCUCCUGAAGCCGACGCGGCCAGCCGGGCCCACGACGCCGACCGUGCUCGAUGACGCGUUCGAGGAUGCCUCCCCGCUGUCUCACCCACGUGCGCGCACCCGCUCGACAUCCACCAACGCCCGCGCGAGCACAGAAGACGUGACGCCAGUGCAGACGCCGCCCAAGGAGCAUCCUCCAUGUUCGACUUCGGCCCCUGCCGAACCUGCCCGUCAUCGGCCCGCAAUGCCGGACCUCGACAUGCUCGCCCCGGAGAACGCCGAUGCAGACGCCCAGUCCGUCGAGUCGUCCUCGGUCGCCUCGUCUAUGUUCCUCGCGCCACCUUCCAUCUCGUCUGUAUCUUCGCCACCCAGAUCUGUCUCCCGCGCGUCAGCCUCUACCUCUACUUCGGCAUGGGACUCUUCGUGGGAACGCGACGGCCUGGCUGCGUCCCCACCCGUUGCCACAGCUCAUAUUCACACGAGGGCUGUCUCGCCCACCCCUCCUCGCUUUUUGGCCGCAUGUCCUGCACCGGGCUCAUCUAGCCGUUCGGGCUCACGAAGCCCAGGCCCGGCGCUUAGCUCGCAGACGCAACUUGCCGCGCUAAAAGGUGCGCUCGAAGCGAGCCGGCUACGCGAGGAGAAGCUCCGCGCCGACACCGAACGUGGCUCCAAGGAGCGCGACGCCUUGCGCUGGCAGUGGCGCGAAGAAUCGAAUGCCUGGCGGAGACGCGAAGCCGAGUUGCAGAGCCAUAUACACUAUCUCACGCACUCGCUCCAUGUUUCGGCUGCCCAGCUAGCGGCAGCCGCGCCACAGCCGCCAGCAUUCUCACCGCUCUCGCCCUUGUCGCCUCCGUUCUCGCCCUUCGGCCAGCCACAAAUGCCAGUACCCGCGUCUGCAUACGCCCCACCGCCAUUGGCUGCUCUCGAGCUCGCACGCUCGUUCCCACCACCACCCUCGUCCGUUGGCUCAGGCUCGGCUGGUGGCUCCCCUGAUCGUGGUCGCAGGCGUGGACGUGACGGGAGCGAAAGCCCUGAGCUUGCGCCCGAGGAGGAGGAAGAGCUCGAGCUGAGCGACGAGGUGGCUGAUGCGAUCCUCAAGCGCCCUGACAGCAUCAAGCGUAUCAGGCGUAAGCUUAGUAACACCAGCGCCAGCUCGGACGGUGAACGGCCCAAACUUGAGACGCUCCGCUUCCCCAGUAUCGAGAGCUGGGGAAAUACUUGGGUGGAGGCCCAAUCCGAGGACACACAAUAG